AUGACUGUAAACUUACAAAGGUUUGUCGAACGGUUAAUCACCGUAUACACUGCACCAAACGAGUUUCAGGAGAGUCGUUUCUUACUCAUCCUGAAGUCCAACAUUAUAGUAGGAAUGGAGCUUUGGCUUCAAUAUAAAAAGCGCACAGCAACUUACCUGAAACCUUAUGACGAAAAUUCAGCAAAGGAAGAGUGGGAUGCUUCACCAACAUCCUCAUGUGGUAUGGAUGCAUUCGUCACACUAUUAAACCCGGUUUCGUAUAAUGCUCAUUUAUUCGAGUGUCUCGCUGAAGUUGUCACUCCUUCGCGUGAACUGGUGAUUCGAUGGAUGGCGCCUUAUCUCCGACGUUUCAGCAAAUACAUUCCUUCUCAAAAUAUGUGGCUUUGUGAUCAGAGACGCAUGGGUCCAGAGUACAUGAAUCGUGACGUUGGGGAAAUGUACCUGAGACAGGGAAUAUGUGAAUGUGUAGAUGUAUUGAGACAAUUUAACGGAAGGGAAGAGGUGAUCAAUGUUGCUCUCGAGGUCCUGGAAGGUGCUGAGAUGCCCACAUAUUUGAAGGUCAUGUUAAGAGGAAUUUCUGAUGAGGAAUCUCCUUGGUAA